GCCCACAGGAUUGUUCAUCUGUCAGAACUUAUUUCUGUUUCUAUGAAUGUCUGCGCAACAAUCAACUCAACUCUGAGGAGUCAAGUCUCAUCAGUUCACCGUUUUUCUUUACUUUCUCUCUCUGUCUGUCUUCGUGUCUUCGCUUCCGCCGUUAAAAAAAUCUAACGUCUUAUUUUCGUACUUCAUAUACUUCUUCUUUCUCUUCCUUUUUCUGUUCCUCAUUUUCCCAUCUCUACUUUUCAGUUCAGCUUGAUAAUAUUGUUUUAAGCAAACAAUUUAUUUUGAAUGAGAGAUUUCCUGGAUUAAAUUCGAAAAAGAUUGUAUGUAGCUGAAAUUCACCCUAUUGAUUAAGAUUUCUGUUUAAGUCUUCAUCAUGGAUCGCAAGGAUACAUCGGGAUUUGUCAGUGGCGGAAGUUCAUGAGUCCGACCUCAGAUAAUUUCGCAUGUGCUCUGUUUAUAUUAAUUGGAGUUAUUUGUAAAUUUGUUGCGUAGGUUUUAGUUAGAUGAUAACUAUUCAUUCAAAUAUACAAGAUGGACGACCUUAACAUGCCUUUUAUGUGUAACUCUUCUCUGAAUGCACUCAAGGAUUCGAGUAAAAUUGAUGCUCGCUCGAGCCGAUUUGCAAAUACUGACUUGUGCCUGAAUUCCCAAAGCGUUGGCAAACGAAAACGGGAUGUUGUUGAUGAAUUGUCGGGUGUAAACCCUGAUAUUUCUCUGUCGCUAGAAUUAGGUAGCCGGGGUAGUUCGUUACGUAAGAAGGUUGAGUAUGCGGCUGUUGAUAUUGCGUUAAGUUCUCAUGUAGACGCUGAAAAGCCGUCUCUAUUUGAUAUCUGCUUAGACCUUAGUAUUGAUCUUGGAAGCAAGAAAGCAUGCAAGGAUAUAAAAAACCCAAGUGCUUGCCGUGGAGUGGUGCACAAAGAGAAACGUAUGGUCGAUCUUGAGUUAAGCUUGUCUACUGGAGCUACGGAUUCUGAUCUCACAAGUGUGACUCUGAAUUCUUCACCAAAUACGAAUUUGACGUCUGAAAUUGAGCAGCUUGUGGAUGAAGGGUCAACAUCGUCUAAAUGGAAACGAGGACCUAUCAUACCUCUAAUAGAUAUGUUAAGUGCAAGCCAGAUUUCAAUCGUGCCUAAUGACCCGGCUGUUUUUGUUUCCUUAUCAAUGCCUAAAACAGAUGAAGAAGCUAAUCGUAAACAACAGCGCAAAACUGCAGUGAAGACUUGUCAAUUUCCUGGAUGUGAAAAAGGGGCUAGAGGUGCUUCAGGUCGUUGUAUAUCGCAUGGGGGUGGACGAAGGUGUCAGAGAUUUGGUUGCCCGAAAGGAGCAGAAGGCAGGACAGCGUUUUGUAAAGCUCAUGGUGGUGGUAGAAGGUGUGAACACUUAGGGUGCACAAAAAGCGCUGAAGGGCGUACUAGUCUUUGUAUUGCUCAUGGAGGUGGAAAACGAUGUGGGUUUCAUGAAGGUUGCAAUCGUGCUGCACGAGGGAAAUCUGGUCUCUGCAUUCGUCAUGGUGGAGGUAAGAGGUGUAACAUCGAAAAUUGCACCAAGAGCGCUGAAGGGAUUGCGGGUCUGUGUAUUGCUCAUGGAGGUGGUCGCCGCUGUCAAUAUCCUGAAUGUACUAAAGGUGCACAAGGGAGCACAAAAUUCUGUAAGGCUCAUGGUGGAGGAAAAAGGUGCAACUUUUUAGGAUGUACUAAAGGCGCCGAGGGAAGCACGGAUUUUUGUAAAGGUCAUGGCGGAGGAAAACGAUGCUGUUUUGAGGGUGGCGGUGUAUGCACCAAGCGUGUCCUUGGAGGCACGUUGUAUUGUGUUUCCCACGGUGGUGGCAAGAGAUGUGCUAUCCCGGAAUGCACUAAGAGUGCUAGAGGAAGAGCAAACUUCUGUGUUCGUCAUGGAGGGGGAAAAAGGUGCAAAGCCGAAGGAUGUGUAAAAAGCGCGCAGGGAAGCACCGAUUACUGCAAGGCUCAUGGAGGAGGAAAACGCUGCUUGUGGGGACAACCUGGAUCGGGUUUUGGUGGAGACUGUGAUAUUCCUUGUGAUAAGUUCUCUAGGGGUAAAAUCGGUCUCUGUGCGGCUCAUGGUGCUCAGGUUCAAGACAAGCGAGUCCAUGAUGAUGGUAGUGUGGGCUUGAAGAUGAAAGGGAUUGCGACCGAUAAAAUUACAAACUGCACAGACAACGUUGGCACAAGCUCAGCAAUUUGGGAUGGCUUCAACUUGCGUAUGGCUCUGGCCGAUGACAAGCCCUUGUAUGAUCAGUCUGCUCAACCGUCAAAAUCUGUGUCUCUCGAAGGAAGGGUGCAUGGUGCUGGUCUUAUGAUGGCUAUGCUGCGACACAUCUGAUCGCACAGUCUGAGAAUCCCUUUGGAUGAGAUGUGAUAGGUCCAUUGUUUGGACGCGUUCAUAGGUGUUGGUACUGAUUAUGUAUCUCAGCUUCAGUUCAUCGUAAUUGUAAAUGUUUUUCUAUAUUCUUUUGUCUUUAUAAGUUUGCUACCAAUAGCUAUACAGUGUGUUCUUAAUGUAAACAAAGGGAGUAAUAUUUUAGCCUUUAUAUUAGUCCGUUUCAAGAUUGCUGAAAAUCAUGUAAACUAUAUUGACUAUAGCUAAACUGGCAAUGGCAGUUGUACAUUUUACUUGCUUUGGGCAAUCAAAUCUAGUAUUGGCCUA